CUCUGUGUUGAAUAGACAAACUAAAAUUCAUUUUUAAGCUAAUCCAUACCUUUUAAAUUAAAAGAUUUCAUUAAAAACAAAAUGACUAUUGAAUUAAAUUUAACUACAGCUCCCCAGCCAAGGCGCAGUAAACCGGAGGAGGCUGUAAAACCAUUACCAGAAAAAUCCAGAAAAGUAAAAGGUUCCUCCUCAAAUGGUUUUACAUUUGAAUUUGGCGGAGGGACACAACAAGUAAAGGCCUUAGUGGCUAGAAAACGCCAGCCUUCCAAAAAAGAAGACUCUCAAAAGCAGGAGAACUCCAGUCUUAAAGUAGCCCCCAAAUCUAUGGCCAUACGUAAAAAGGCAAUAACAAAACCUACAGUAAAUGCCCCCAAAUCAAUGGCUCUUAAGCGUAAAGUGGAAACUAACAAACAAGCUCAGAUUCCACAAAAGAAUAGCUAUCACUCGGACAAUGAUUCAGAUGUAGAUACUUACAUUAACAUGGCUAAACCUGCAGCUGCUCAACCAGCUGCCUCCGAUUUGAUGUUGAAUAUCUGCACAACCACAUCCACCAUGAAAUCCCAGCCAAAACUUAAACUUUCCAAACAAGAGCGCAUGCAACAAAAGUAUGAUGCCCGCAAAGGUAAUGGACCUUUGAACAAACGUACUUUGUCGCACAAGGAACUUCAUUCUGGCAUAAGGAAAUUCUCACAAAAUCCCAAUCAAAAACCUCGUGCCUCCGAUAUAUUCGAACAAAACGAACGGGAAGCUAAGGAGGCUUUAAAAGUACAAACGGGCGAAGUUGAGCCGGUGAAAGAACCUGUUCCAUUGGGUGAUGUUGAUCCGCAGGCACGUAAAGCUAAUGCCUUCAGAGUUACACGUCCCGGUGAUAAGAGUGUACGUAAAAUUGGUUUGUUUAGAGAUCAGCCGGAGAAAAUGGAAUUGGGCCAACGUUUGGUAAGGCCAAUAACGGAGAAAAUAUUUGAUGGCGGUAAAUCGGAUUCGUUGGGUCUACAUGCUCAUACCGUUAAGAAUUUGUUCGAUUUGCUGGGCAUUUCACAGUUGACGACAGUGCAGCAGAAGUGUGUACCCAAGGCAUUAGAAGGAAAAGAUCUUCUAGUACGUUCACAAACUGGUUCGGGAAAAACUCUAGCCUAUGCUUUGCCAGUUGUGGAGAAACUUCAGGCAAUUAGACCCAAAAUUACCCGUGAUUGCGGUAUAUUGGCAAUGGUUAUAGUACCUACCCGAGAAUUGGCCAUACAAACUUAUGAACUUUUCCUAAAGUUAGUUAAACCAUUUCAAUGGAUUGUGCCGGGUGUGUUAAUGGGCGGUGAGAGACGUAAAGCGGAAAAAGCCAGACUACGUAAAGGCAUUAAUAUUCUGGUGGGAACACCCGGCCGUUUGGUAGAUCAUUUAUUGCAUACCGAAACAUUUAAAGUGAGUAAAGCCAAAUUCUUAAUACUCGAUGAAGCCGAUCGUCUUUUGGAACUGGGCUAUGAACGAGAUGUUAAACAAAUUGUGGAGGGCAUAGAUAAGCAGCGUGCCGAAGCAGCUAAAGAUGAUAUGGAAGCAGCAGCACCUAUACAGAGAAUGUUAUUGUCGGCCACCCUAACAGCAGCUGUACAAAAGUUGGCUGGUCUUGCGCUAAAUGAACCAUUAUUUAUUGAUAAUAGUGAUGAAGAUCCAACAAAAGCCAUUACUACUGCCAAUGGUUAUGAUAAGGAAAGUAUAGAAGCUGCCACUGCAGAGCUGUUAGAUGCCGAAGAUUCUACGGGUAUUCUGACCAUACCAGAUAAUCUGAAACUUAGUUGUAUGGUGGUAACGCCUAAACUGCGUCUUGUUACUUUGGCUGGUUUGUUGGCUCGUGAAUUUAGGGGAAAGGAUAAAUUUAAGGCCUUGAUUUUCAUGAGUACCAUAGAAAUGGUUAAUUUCCAUCAUGACCUCUUAAAUGAACAAUUGACUCAAAGGGUACUUGAUGAAGAUGAUGAGGAACUGGCUAAGGAAAUUUCCGAUGAUGAAGGAGAAGAUCCCUUGUUAAAAGGUUUAAGAUUCUUUAGAUUACAUGGAUCCAUGUCCCAAACCGAAAGACAAGGUGUUUUCAAAGGUUAUAGAGAAUGUAAAUCUGGAGUUUUAUUGGCCACAGAUGUAGUUGGACGCGGCAUAGAUGUACCCGAAAUUGAUUUAGUCAUACAAUAUUCUCCUCCACAAAAGACAGCCGAUUUUGUGCAUCGUGUUGGUCGUACUGCUCGUGCUGGACGUAAUGGCCGUGCUAUUUUGUUUUUAACGCCCAGUGAAGGGCAAUUUGUACGUUAUUUGGAAAACAAACGUAUACGCAUUGGUCAGACAGACAUGGAAGACUAUUUGAAGGCUCUUAAUGAAGCUGACAAUGAAGCUCGUAAUAUACAAGAGGCGGCUUCAAAUUUACAACAUAAGUUUGAAAAACUCAUUGAAGAUGACAAGGAAAUGCAUGACAAGGCCUGUAAAGCCUUUGUAUCAUGGACCAAAUUCUACACAACCUUCCCCAAAGAAUUGAAACCCAUUUUCAAUGUAAAAAAUGCUCAUAUGGGCCAUUUUGCUAAAAGUUUUGGCCUAAGAGAUCAACCCACUUCAUUUACUAAAAAGCAUUCUGUACCCAAACCACCGCCACCCACAAAUCGUUUAACAUACACCGAAAGAGAUCCCGAGAAAAUAAAACUAGAGAAAAAGGCUAAAAAACAUCGUUUCGGCACUACCGUUAGUGGGGAUGGUGUUCGUGCUAGUAAUCGUCCGGCACCAAAUAGAUUGGCCUCUAUGAUACCCACUUCAAGAUCAUUGACCAUAUCCGAAUUUGACAGUGGUUUGCCAGCGGCUAAGAAGCGUAAAAACUAAUUUUUUGCUCACCUUUUUAAUUUUUUAGGCAAAACAAAUAUUUGUGUUAAAAAAAUAUGUUAGAUUUACUAUAUGUAUAUUUUAAUAAAGUGUUAUUUUUUAAACUACUUA